AUCCUGCUGUGCUUUGUGGUUGUGGGGACACUGUCGCUGCAAGAGGGUAUCCCCAGAGAGGGUAUGUAUGUGAUGUCUAUGUGUCUGUGUCAGCCUACUACUAUGCACCAUUUAUGAAAUCAUUAGAAGGGGCCUCCAUGCCUUGGCGAGGGCAGUAGUAAAACCAGGAGAAGAGAAGGGACAGUGAGAAGCUGCUGACCCACAGACAGCAGACUGUUAGGAGGAUCAAGGCCCGUUUCCUGGAGGCCCUACAGACCAACAACACAGGGGAGGUCCCGGAGAUACUCUACACUACCAACAUGGAUAUCCACACUGUGCUUCUGGAGGUGGAGGACAAACGCAUGGUCCUGGCCUCAUACAAGCAAGGCAGGGUUGGGGUAUGCAGGAACUAAGGUAAAGGCAGUUCCUGCAUACUCCUGAUAGGAGUAUGCAGGAACUAAGGUAAAGGCAUGGUUGUGAUCAAAUUCACGCGUGGUAAAGGUGAAUCCUGUUGACACUGUUGACUGACUAAGGUAGGCCUCCAUGUAUGGUUGGUUGGAGAUUUGAUAGAUCACAGAUAGCAGCUUGUAAAUAUUAGGGGCAUUGUGUUAACUCUGUCAUAGGAGGCUGGUGGCACCUUCAUUGGGGAGAAUGGGCUCUGGUAAUGGCUGGAGCAGAAUCAGUGGAAUGGUAACAAUUACAUCAAACACAUGGUUUCCAUGUGUUUGAUGCCAUUCCAUUUGCUCCGUUCCGGCCAUUAUUAUGAGCCGUCCUCCCCUCAGCAGCCUCCUGUGAACUCUAUACAUACUUAGUGAACACUGACCUACUGCUACGUCUGAUACUCAGGGCAUUGGUAGCAGAUUUGUGGCUACCUUGUUCUUUGCGUUUGUUUAGAUAGGGUGUGGUGGGUAAUUUAACAAUCAACAGUGCUUACACAGGUGGAGAGGAGUAUUGUAGGAUACCACCCACUGGAGGGCGCUAGACCUCCAUCAGACCCACUUAGAGUACCCUGAGUAGGAUGCUUUUACAGAGCUAUAAACUAUGAACAGGGAGAGUUUAUAGAGUUGGAAAGGGCCUAAGACGAUUGACUUCUUGUUGUCAUUCUCCUCAUACAUACCGGUAUAUUCACUCCUGCUCUUUGUGCCACCUUAUAUAACAAUGCUAGGUAAAGGGACAUACAUACUCCCGCUCUGUGCAAGAGACAUUCAGACACUGCUCAAGGUUUCUGGUUGCCUGACUACAAGCCGGAGUGUUCAUGGGUGAUGGCCCUCCCCUGUGUGAUGUACAAUUCCCUGGAGACAGCCCUGGUGCUGCUGCAAAAGCGUGCGGCUGAUAACAGGAAGCCAAAUGGGAAGACCCUUCUUCAUGUGGCCUGUACGGUCGCUCACGGCGACCGUGUGGCCCUGUAAUUAGGCCACGGGAUGAGGGUCAACAGCCUGUCUCUGAGUGGACACACACCACUACGCUAUUGUCCCACUGGGCACACACCGGUUGAAUCAACGUUGUUUCCACGUCAUUUCAAUUAAAUUACGUUGAACCGACGUGGAAUAGACAUUGAAUUGACUUCUGUGCCCAGUGGGGUAUUACUAAAGAGGCUAUGGACUGAGCCAAGCAGCUCAUCCUCAAUGGUGAGAAUGGAUGGAGUUGAGAAUGAAGUAUACUAGUGUUCAGUGCAGGUCAAAUUGUGUUAUGUUCAGGUUGCCAUGUCUUUGGAUAUGCAAAAUCAUAUGAUUAAGUAGGCAUUUUCUACUUCCCUGCCUGCCUCCCUCCCUCCCUCCCUCCAGGGGGCAAUGUGAACAAGCCCAGUCAGAGCGAAGAUGAGGACAUACCUUUACACACGGCAGCCCGCCUGGGUAUCCCUGAGCUGGUGGCUCUCUACAUCUCCCAUGGGGCCCAGAUGGACGUGGUCAACUCCCUCCAGGAGAUGACCCUGAUAACUGCAGCCUUUUGGAACCUGGACAGACCUACAGUAAGGACCGCCACCUGGUCUGCCGCAUGCUGCUGGAUCAUGGAGCAGGUGAAAGGAAAUUGGGUGUUCUGGCCGUCCUCUUUUGUCUGUUUGGUAACGAGACUAAAAACAGGACACUUGGGUAGGCUUUCAGCUGAAAUUGCAUUCAGCUGUGUUUGGAAUUAUUAAAUAUUCUGCUGAGAUUUUCUAUAUGUUUCAAUCUGGUUACUGCAGAAAUGCACGACAUUUGCCAUCAUUCUGUUUUAAAUGUGUUUUUAACCGUUUUGGAAACAGUGUGUUAGCAUUUGAAAACGUGCUGCAAAUAUAUAGUUUUGCAGGUGGUAUAAAUGAGAAAAUAGUUCAUGGAUUUAAGAGAAUGUGGUCAUUGAAUGCAUUUUGUGUGAAAGCAAUGAAAAAUGAUUCACAAUUUGGUCCACAUACACUUCUGUUUCGCUGACUGUGUGAAGAGUUUUGACAAUGUGACUUCAGUUUUGACCAAUGCAUGUUAGCAAUAAAAAAAAAACUGUAAUGGAUGUCUCAGUCUGACAGCUGGAUCAGCGGAUGUCUCAGUCUGACAGCUGGAUCAGCCUCUUUCAGACAUUAAUACUGGAUGUCCUGGUCUAUGAUCUCACCUGUUGUUGUGACUCCAAUGAUUCACUGCAGCUUCAGUCUCUCUCUCUCUGUGUGUGUGUGUGUGUGAGUGUGAGUGAGUGAGAGAGAGAGAGAGAGAGAGAGAGAAUGACUCACCACUGCAGAGUUUCUUAUUAGAGGGGUGGAUUUCACCCAGCAACCAGCACAUGCCCUCAUGUGCUCUUAUCAAAAGGACAACUACUUGGCAGUUCACUCAACAAGACAUUUCUGUGUGUUGCCAUUGACUUGAUAGUGAAGUGUUGCACAGACAUCAUCACAGGGACUUGCUAUCUUUAGUUCCAAGACAAAUGUUUUGGAAUACUCUGAUAAUGACUGCGUUAUCUAAGAUUGUUUUAUUUUUGUAUUAUUUUUGUAUCUCAUUUAUUCUACUGCAAUCUGUGUUUACAUUUGCCCAUAGAUAGACAGUAGAACAUUUUGGGGGGAAAUGUAUGAGUCCUUGAAAUACUCAGUCACGGUAAGAUAGUUAAAUAUGCAUAAAUGUACAGUAGCCUACAGCAUGCACCUGGACACUUACAUACGCUGCCUUCAGAAAGUAUUCACACCACUUGACUUCUUCCACAUUUUGUUGUGUUACAGCCUGAAUUUAAAAUUGAUAAAAUGUUGAUUUUGUGUCACUGGUCUACACGCAAUACCCAAUAUUGUCAAAGUGGAAUUGUGUUUUUCAUUUCAUUUUAUACAAAUUAAUAAAAACGAAAAGCUGAAAUGUCUUGAGUUAAUAAGUAUUCAACCCCAAUUGUUAUAGCAAGCCUAAAUAUGUUCAGGAGUACAAAUGUGCUUAACAAGUCACAUAAUAGCACAGUUAGAGCAUGGCGCUUGCAACGCCAGGGUUGUGGGUUCGAUUCCCACGGGGGGCCAGUAUGAGAAAAGAAAAUGUAUGCACUCACUAACUGUAAGUCGCUCUGGAUAAGAGCGUCUGCUAAAUGACUAAAAAUUUAAAAUAAAAAAAUUAAAAUAAGUUGCAUGGACUCAGUGUGCAAUAAUAGUGGUUAACUGAUGAUUUUUGAAUGAUUACCUCAUCUCUGUACCCCACACAUACAACUAUCUGUAAGGUCCCUCAGUCGAGCAAUGUUUUUCAAACACAGAUUCAACCACAAAGACCUGGGAGGUUUUCCAAUGCCUCGCAAAGAAGCGCACCUAUUGUUAGAUGGGUAAAAAAAAAAAAGCAGACAUUGAAUAUCCCUUUGAGCAUGGUGAAGUUAUUAAUUACACUUUGGAUGGUGUAUAAAUACACCCAGUCACUACAAAGAUACAGGUGUCCUUCCUAACUCAGUUGCCGGAGAGGAAGGAAAACACUCAGGGAUUUCACCAUGAAGCCAAUGGUGAUUUUAAAACAGUAAGAGUUUAAUUGCUGUGAUAGGAGAAAACUGAGGAUGGAUCAACAACAUUGUACAUAUAAAUAGUUAUUCCACAAUACUAACCUAAAUGACAGAGUAAAAAGAAGGAAGCCUGUACAGAAUACCAAUAUUCCAAAACAUAUAUCCUGUUUGCAAUAAGGCAUUAAAGUAAAACUGCCAAAAAUGUAGCAAAGAAAUUCACUUUAUGUCCUGAAUACAAAGCAUUAUAUUUGGGGCAAAUCCAACACAACACAUUACUGAGUACCACUCUUCAUAUUUUCAAGCAUGGUGGGGGCUGCAUCAUGUUAUGGAUAUGCUCAUCAUUGGCAAGGGAGUUUUUUUAGAAUGAAAAUAAAUGAAAUAGAGCUAAGCACAGGAACAAUUCUAGAGGAAAACCUGGUUCAGUUUGCUUUCCAACAGAUACUGGGAGACAAAUUCACUUUUCAGCAGGAAAAUAACCUAAAACACAAGGCCAAAUAUACACUGGAGUUGCUUACCAAGACGACAUUGAAUGUUCCUGAGGGGCCUAGUUACAGUUUUGACUUAAAUCCGCUUGAAAAUCUAUGGCAAGACUUGAAAAUUGCUGUCUAGCAAUGAUCAACAACCAACUUCACAGAGCUUGAAGAAUGUAAAAAUAAUAAUGUGCAAAUAUUGUACAAUCCAGGAGUGCAAAGCUCCUAGGGACUUACCCAGAAUGACAUACAGCUGUAAUCGCUGCCAAAGGUGAUUCUAACAUGUAUUGACUCAGAGGUGUGCAUAUUUAUGUAAAUGAGAUAUUUCUGUAUUUAAUUUUCAAUGAAUUUACUAAAUUGUCUAAAAACAAAUGUUUUCACUUUGUCAUUAUCAGGUAUUGUGGGUGAGAAAAAAUAUAUAUUUAAUCCAUUUUGAAUUCAGGCUGUAACACAACAACAUGUGGAAUAAGUCAAGGGGUAUGAAUACUUUUUGAAGGCACUGUAUACACUUGACACUUACAAGUUCAAUAAAGUACCUAUUCAACAUAAAGUAGCACACAGAAACUAUGUAUGGUCUCUAAAUAUCUUCCCCCUUUGUGUUGACCCUCUCCAGAGUACUUAG